AUGCGUCUUGGUUCUCCAUUGCUACAGGGUCCCCGGGUCCCCGGGUCGGGGUUCCUGCGGCCCACCCCCAUCCCUACUCCAGCCCACACCCACGCCCGGCUGCCCCUCAGUUCUCUGCAAGGGAGGUCGCGGCAGCGGCCCGGCGCCAGCGACGACCGUGGCGACAGUGGCGGCGGCGGCGGCGGAGACUGCAGCGGCGACCGUGGCGGAGCCCACACCCACGCCCGGCUGCCCCUCAGUUCUCUGCAAGGGAGGUCGCGGCAGCGGCCCGGCGCCAGCGACGACCGUGGCGACAGUGGCGGCGGCGGCGGCGGAGACUGCAGCGGCGACCGUGGCGGAGCCCACACCCACGCCCGGCUGCCCCUCAGUUCUCUGCAAGGGAGGUCGCGGCAGCGGCCCGGCGCCAGCGACGACCGUGGCGACAGUGGCGGCGGCGGCGGCGGAGACUGCAGCGGCGACCGUGGCGGAGUUCUCUGCAAGGGAGGUCGCGGCAGCGGCCCGGCGCCAGCGACGACCGUGGCGACAGUGGCGGCGGCGGCGGCGGAGACUGCAGCGGCGACCGUGGCGGAGGCGGUGGCGGAGGCCUCCGUGGCGGAGGCGGAAGCAGAGGUAGAGGCUGAGGCCUCAGGAGGAGGAGGAGGAGGAGGAGGAGGAGGAGGAGGAGAAGGAGGAGAAGGAGAAGGAAAAGGAGUGCUGGAGGCCAUCCUGGGGGAGGCGGCCGCCCAAGCCAGGAAGGAGGUGGAGGCCGGCCCGGAGGCAGCAGCCUUGGCGGCGGCGGAGACCAACACGACCAGAGCGGCGGGUGAGAGUGACGACUCGGGUGCGGAGUCCGGUGCGGAGUCAGGUGCGGAGUCGGGUGCGGAGUCGGGUGCUGAUGGGGAUGCGCAGGUGGAGGCGGCUGUGGUGGCCGCGGCCUCGGCCCGGGCUGCAGUGGGAACGGAUGUGGAUUCCGAUGUGGAUGCCGAUGUCGAUGCGGAUGCCGAAGAUGAUGAUGAUGAUGAUGAUGAUGAUGAUGAUGAUGAUGAUGCCGACGCGGGUGCGGGCGGGGGCGCCGAGGGGAACCCCGACUAUGCCUUGGCCUCGCUGUACGUAGGCGACCUGCACCCCGAGGUGACGGAGGCCAUGCUCUACGAGAAGUUCAGCCCGGCUGGGCCCAUACUCUCCAUCCGUAUUUGCAGGGACAAGGUCACCCGCCGCUCUCUGGGCUACGCGUAUGUCAACUACCAGCAGCCGCUGGACGCCAAGAGGGCCCUGGAGACCCUCAACUUCGAUGUCAUCAAGGGCCGAGCGGUGCGCAUCAUGUGGUCCCAGCGGGACCCCUCACUCCGCAAGAGCGGGGUGGGCAACGUGUUCGUCAAGAACCUGGGAAAGACCGUCGACAACAAGGCUCUGUACAACAUCUUCUCCACGUUCGGCAACAUCCUCUCCUGCAAGGUGGCCUGCGACGAGAAGGGGCCCAAGGGCUAUGGCUUCGUGCACUUCCAGAAGGAGGAGUCUGCGGAACGGGCCAUAGAUGCCAUGAACGGCAUAUUCCUCAACUACCGCAAAAUUUUCGUGGGGAGGUUCAAGUCGCACAAGGAGCGAGAAGCCGAAAGGGGAGCCUGGACCAGGCAGUCCACCAGCGCCGACGUCAAAGAUUUCGAGGAAGACACCGACGAGGAGGCUACCUUGCGGUGAAGGUGAUGCAAUUUCAUGACAGGAACAUCCAUUGGAAAGGAGAAGGGAAUCAGAUGAGGGGAAACCAAGAGGGUAACUGCUGCUCCCCCCACCCAUACCUGCCUUGACCCUACUACACAGAAACAACCACGUUUACCUUCUGGGUGUGCUCAUUUUCCUGACUGGCUUCUCUCUUCCUCCCUCCCUGCCUCCCUCACCCCUGUCCACUUUCCCUGUUGACACACCCUAAGAGAAUCCUUCCUGUGCGUGGUGUUUUCUUAGCCUGCUUUCCCAGAAACUAAAACCAAACAAAGAUCUGCCCGUUGAACUUCUUCGCGUGUUAUUCAACAGGUUUCCAAAAUGUCAUCUUUAGUGCCUGCAGAGUGUCUGUAUCCAUGGACCUUAACAUUUCUGUGAUCAUUCCCACAUUGCUGGACGUUCAGGGGCGGUGCCUACUUCCUGCCCUGUGUUCAGAUCCAGCAGCCAGUGCUCUGAGGACUGAAUCCUCCCUUGCCAAGCCAAAUAUUCGCUACCUUUCCCAAUGCUCUUCUUACAUGUGAGCUUACGGGGCCCACCUAUGGACAGUUAAAGACUUCCUGUGAGUUGCCAGCCGUCCCCCACCCAAACCAUGGCACGCAUUUGCAUUCAUGCAGUAUAGUGCAGCUAGUGCAAAGACAAUGCCCAUGUGUGUGCCCCCACACACACUCAUGGUCGCGGGCUCCUCCUCGAGUGCCUGUGUGCGUGCUUAUGCCAGUGCGUGUGCGUGUGUGUGCGUGCGUGUGCGCGUGUGUGCGCGUGUGUGCGCGUGUGCGCACGAGUGUCUUGCUCAGCUUGAUGAGCUGCAAACGGUUAUUUUUCUGGUCAUGGUUAUUUUUUUUUGCUGGAUUUCUGUAGUGUUUAUUACCUCCUUCUCCUGUGACCAGCUUCCUCUCCUUUUCCCCCCUUGUCACAAACAUAACUCAGCUUCAUCGCAGGGAGACUAUCACAAAGCAGACAUCUGACCAGGUGGAGAUUAAUGGUAGUCCUAUUGUUCAUCCAUGGCUUCCUUAGUCAUUUUCAUCAGCACUUGUCCAGUAUUUUAUUUCACAAUGUUUGUUUUAUUGUCUAUUGCUUUUCAAUAUCUGCUUUUACAUACUUAGAUGUAUAAUGUAGAUAUAGAUUCUUGAACUCAUUUCAUGCCAUUAAAUAUUAUUAAAAAAAGUUUCUCUUGCUGCUUAUUGUUCCAGUGGAUAGGCCAGAUGAAAAAUAGGUGUAUGUAUACAUCUAUAUCUAUAUUUAGAUGUAAGUAUGGACAUAUUUGUUUUGUCGCUUCCUCAUUGUUAAAGAUGUGGAUAAUUUCAUUUUUCUUUUCUUAUCUGAAUCUGUGCUGCUAAAAUUUUCAUAGUGCAGAAACCUGAAUCAUUUCCUCAAGUAAUUCUUGCUAGUAGAAAACUGAAGCAUCAAAGGAGAUGAAAUGUUUAAAAAAAAGAUAUUUAUUAUUAUUUGACUACCCUCAAAUAUCAUAGCAAUUUACCGUCAUUAUGUUCAGAAAUAUUAUGAACCUACCCUGAUGCCUGAAUUGUUCUCUGGAUAGAUACAGCAACUGUUUCUGUACUCUUCCACUAUUUUAUCAGAGAAACUGUAUUUUAUUGUAUUUGUUUUAAACGUCUGAUUUUAUACUAAUUAUACAGUAUCAAAAUGUCUUCUUAGUUAAUAAAGUUAAAUUUCAUGCUAAUUUCUAAGUCUAUCACUUAACAAAAACUAUGAAACAUGUCAAAAGCAUACAUUAGUAAAUAGCACCUUCAAAAUAUACUUCAUACCCAUUAAUAAUGCAAUAGAGUAUAUAUACCCACUCUUGUCUUACCAUUGCUUUUAUUAUUCACUAGGAGAAGUUGGAAUGGCUUAUAGGAUUUUCUUUUAUUUCAUUUUCAAGCACUUUGCUUGGAAAAGGAAGGGCAUAUUAAAUGUAUUAACCACUUCAAACAGAUCACUUUGCCCUUCACAGUCUUUACCAAUUUAUCCACAAAAUUUAAAACAAGUAUAGAAGUAUACUAUCAAAUUUUCCCUUUUGAAAUAUUGUAGAUGCAUCUGAAACAUUUUGGCUAUUCAAUAUUUUUCUUUAGGUAACUCAGUAUCAUUGGAUAGUGAAUCAGAUUACUUUUAAAGUGCUCUCUUAUUUUGAACUUUAGAUCAAUUUGCAGAUUUUCCCACAUUAAUCCCAAAUAUGUUUCGAACCAUUCUGCAGCAUCCCACAUACAUAAAACCAUAGAAGUGAAGUUAACAAGAUAUCCAAGCCAAUUUACACUCCUAUAAAAUUUUAUGAGAGGGAGUCAGGCAGUAACACAGCGGGUUAAGCGCAUGUGGCACAAAGCCCAAGGACUUGCACAAGGAUCCCGGUUAGAGCCCCAGGUUCCCCACCUGCAGGGGCAUAGCUUCACAGGCAGUGAAACAGGUCUGUAGGAGUCUAUCUUUCUCUCCCCUUCUUUGUCUUCCCCUCCUCUCUCCAUUUGUCUCUGUCCUAUACAACAGUGACGACAACAAUAAUUACAACAAUAAAACAACUAGGGCAACAAAAGGGAAUAAAUAAAUAUUUUUUAAAAAAGAAAAAAAUUAUGAGAAUCCCCAUGUUUUUUCGGUUUAUAUUUCUUUCUUUCUUUUAUUUUAUUUAUAAAAAGGAAACACUAAUAAAACCAUAGGCUAAGAGGGGUACAGCUCCACACAAUUCCCACCACCAGAACUCCAUAUCCUGUCCCCUCCCCUGAUAGCUUUCCUAUUCUUUAACCCUCUGGGAGUAUGGACCCAAGGUCCUUGUAGGAUGCAGAUGGUGGAAGGUCUGGCUUCUGUAACUGCAUCAUUUUUCUACACAAAUUUUUCUUUGGUAUUACAAAUUUUGGGGUUUUUGCCAAUAUAUUGAUAUAAAAAUACCUCACUUUAAUUUGAUUUAAAUUUUUUUCCUUGUUAUUCAAUGAGUAUAAAUUCAUUUAAAAAACACAUGGUAAUAGAUAGGCAGAAAGACAAUAAGACAUAGGUAAUAGAAAAAUUAUAGCAUAUAUUUACAUAUAUUUAUAUAUUAUAUAACAUUUCACUGUGUAAAUACAUAAAUUUUACAUGGUAUACUUAAUAUAUUUAUGGAUAAAACAUAAAAUAUUUAAUAUAUUUAUGUAUAAACUAUCACAUCAUUCUUUAUAUUGUGUUACAAUUUUCAUUCUGUCAUAAGCCCUGAGUUUAUUUUCGUGUAUAUUUUUUCACAUUUAAAAUGGUACAUAUGAGCUAAUUCACCUCUUAAUAUAUAUAUUGUUAUAUAAUUUCUUUAUUCCUAGCUCUUGUUGACUGUCUUUUAGUUAAUUCACAGUUACCUGCAUAAUUGUUUCUAUUCCACUUUUAGAGGAAAAGAAACAGAAAUAUGGUCAAAUUACCACUUACGGAGCAGUGUCGACUUAAACUAUUUUGUUAUUUCUAGUUUAAAUGUGUACCCAGUUCUUUGUACAGCACUCUAAACUGGAUAUUAAAAUUUUACAUUAACUUUGGCUGUGUUUUUGGUAGACAAAAUAUUUUAAAAGUUUACAUGUAAUAACAUACUUUUCUUUCUGUGUGCUAGGCAGGCAAAUACUAGAAAAGAGUGAAUAACUGAUACAUAACUAUAAUCCUACCACUAGGUUAAAACCAAAUGUAAGAUUAGGUUAUAUAACUCGGCACAAUUUUGUACAUGUGUAGAAUUAUUGACAGAUGCAUAUGUAUAUGUAUAUAUGUAUUCAUGAAUAUACCCAAUACCUGUGCUUUAACUAAAUUGCCUCAUAAACAUAACCAUAUCAAUUAA